AAAUUCAGCGUCCUUCAGCUUCGAGCAGAAUCGUUUCGAUUUCGAGUCGAGCUUCGUUGUAAACAUCUGCAGGGAAGCUACAAUUUUCUAAAAAGCUGAGUUUCUCAUUGCAUGGGAUCCAAGGCGAGUAAAUCAAAGGAGGGCCAAUUGGAAGAAACAGUAACUGUUGUUGUUUCUGAAAAUUUUCAAAAGAUUGAACAAGAAGAAGAGAGAACAGAGAUGAAGCCAGAGGAAGUGAGCGGAAAGCGAAAACGGUCUCCCACAAAGACCUUCAAGUCGGCCGAGUCGAAGAAGCAACGAGUAAGCAAGAGGGAAAAGGGCAAAGCCAAGUACAGAGAGAACGAGCGAGAAAGCAGCUCCGAGGAUGAGGUUGAGGACUACGAAGUCCAGUUCAUCGUCGAUGAGAGAUUUAUCCGAGGCAAGCGCCAGUUCAAGGUCAGGUGGCUCAACUACGGCCCCAAGGACGACACCUGGGUUGACGAGGGAGACAUGAGCUGUCCCAAGUUGGUGGCCGAUUUUGAGAAAAAGCGAGACGCUGAGCAGGAGGAUGAGGAAGACGAGGAGGACUAUGAGGUUGAAGAGUGCGUGGAUGUACGUACAGUGAAAGGCAAAAGAGAGUUCUUCAUCAAGUGGAAAGGCUUCUCAGCUCGCUCCAACACCUGGGAGCCCGAGGAAAAUCUUGAUUGUCCUAAUCUGAUGAAAAAAUGCCUCGAGAAGAAGGAAGGCUCGUCAAAGAAGACUGACAAGAAGCCUGCACCGAAGAGCAAGAAGGGAAGGCCUAAGAAGUCUCCCCCCAAGAAAAAGGGAGGCAAGAAAAAUGGAAAAGCCGCUGAUGAGUCUGAGGAGGAAGAGGAGAAGGUAGAAGAGGAAGAGCCAGAAGAGAAGGAGGAAGAGGAAAAGGAGGAACCGGAGGAAGAAAAGCCCUCUGAGGACGCUGAAGAGAAUGAUGACGAGCCCAAGGACGAGCCUGAAGAGGAAGAGAAAGAGGAAAACGAUGACGACGAGCCAGAGGAGAAGGCCAAAAGCAAGAAGCCAUACAAACCUGGCCCUAAGAGUAAGAAGAGGAAGUAGAUUUACAGCGGAAGUGUACAAAUAACUCUUAAAACUUUAUUCAUCGUACUUUUAUGCAUGGAUGCCCCUUUUUUGGUUUAGGUUUUGACGCCUCAGAACCUAAGAGGUUAAUUCAUUUUGGUUUUGUAGCGGUCUGCUAUAAGUGGAGAUCAUUUUCAAUUAAUUAAAAUCUUCAAGUUCAUAUUUAUUAGACUAAGCACUCGGAAUCUGCCGACUGAGUUUCUAAUUUGUAAUUUAAUGGAUGAAAUAAAUAUAAAUUUAAAAUAACGUUCGAAGACUUAUAAAUAUUUUUUAUAAUUUGAAAGUAAUGAAAUGAAAAUUUACAGAAUUCUCAUACUAAGUUUUUAGUGUUUCACUCUAGACUUUUAAUUGAGGGACCGGUCUGCACUGAUUGUGAGGAAUGUGGGCCAACUUCACAAGGCCUCUUACCAAAAGAUUAUUAAAUAUUUUUAAUUAUAGUUUAGACAAAUAUUUUUUAAAAGUUAGUUCUAGAAAAAUAAUAACAAUAAUAAGAUCCAAAUAAAAUUUUGUUGCCUUUGGAAUUUUUAAAGUUUUUUUAAAAGGUGUGAAAAUAAUUACAAAAGUUGAAUUAAAGCAAGUCAAGCGUUUAUUAGUUUAAAUCUUGGCGCUUACAGAAGAAUCAAAAUUGACUAAUUUCAUGAAUUUCCGCCUGCUGACCUCAGCUGGAAGAUCUUUGUGACGGCAGGGAGCUCAAAUAUCUGGAAGGGUUAGUCUUAAAAACGCAAUCUCGAUCUCCAGGUCAGGUCGGAAGCGGAAAUUCAAGGCCGAGACAAAUAGCUUUUGCAGUUUUGCGCAAUAUCCAUUGAUCAUAUAUAGAUUUCUGUUACUUAAUAUUUAUUUAAAUUAAAAUAAACACAUAUAUAAAUUAUGUAUUUUUGACAUAUUAUACAUAACAGCCAACUUUGAUGAUGAUUGUUGGUAUUUAAUAACAUAAUGUAGAUUAGAACCAGGGUAACUUUAUAUUGCAGACAUUUAUUUAUUUCAAAAGUGAAUAUGUGCGUCGGCUCUCUUAUUAAUUAAGUGCAGGACUUUCCAUGCAAGUGAUUUUCAAAGACGUUUUAUUUAUGUAAAUCUGAUAUUGAAAAAAUUAAAUCAUAACGCAUUUUAAA